UUGUACUGUGUGCCCUGUGGAGCUUACAGUCUCAUGACGUGAUUCUAGUUUUCCUUUACUGAUUUAACUAUCCUGAAUUUCUUGUUUGUUGUAUGUAGCUCUUAUUUAACUGGAUCUCUGCAGCUGGCACUCCACUGUGGUACAUGGAGAAAGAAUACACAUAUUAAUGGAAAGAAAACAUUUGAAAAAAGAGAUUGAAAAACUCUUGGGAGAUUAUGUUGGUGUCAAACUUCGGGAAAAUGAAUUUGACCCACAAGGAAAGAGACAGACCAACUUUCUAGAAGGCUUGGCUCACUAUGACUUGGCUAUAAAUGUUGCUUUACCUUGGCUCAGUGAUUCAGAAGCCCAAAUGCCUUGGGAAAAAGAAAAAAUGAAACUACCAUUACAUCGCCGAUACAUCUAUCCCAGCCGAAUUGAGAGAGAAGCUAUGAUUUUAUCAUCUUAUGCUGGAAUGCUAAUGGUAUACCCCUUUGAACAUAAGAACAUAAGAAGAGCCUGCUGGAUCAGGCCAGUGGCCCAUCUAGUCCAGCAUCCUGUUCUCGGCCACUGGAUUCAUCCUUGUAAUCUCUCACUGCAUCCUUUUGCCAUGUUGACAGCCCCCAAAGCUGCAGAAUAUGCCUGGAAACAGAGUGUCAAGUUCCACAGGACAGCAGCAAACCGAAAUGCCCCCAAGGAGCUCAACAAAAAAACUGGACACCACUUAGAAACAACCAGAACCUUUCUUUUCAAGAAAGCAACAUCUUGAGAAACCAGGUUCUGACUCCAGAAGAAGCUUUUCUGUGUGGAAACACAGCUAGAAGGAUGUUUGCAGAGGAGAAUGGGAGGUGUCCAAAGGGUUCAUUACCCAUCACUCUGCUUGCCCUUUUGUUCAUGUUAAUCAUCAAGCACUUUGGGGAAACUAUAUAUUGCUGGUAUGUACAGUUCUGCCCUAAGAAUGCAGUCCUAACUCUGUGAUAUAUCAUUCUGAGCAAAAAUAGAAUCUGAGCAAAAAUAGUUAAAAUUGUGCUUUAAGUUAUAUUGGCCUUAGUUGGAUUUCCAAGUUCUACCCGCUUAGAUCUGAGGUCUUGACCAUGUAUUUCCACAUUAUAUUGGCCAUGUUUGACUGAGCUGCUUUAUUCUUGUGCCUUGCCUUGCCUUCAGACACAUCACAACAACAGUAUUACAUAACAGGCAAGUUCACCAAGAUCAUUUUGUGAAGUUUUGUAUUUCUCUGUGAAAAUAAAAAAUAUUGCAAACAAAUAUCUUUUUCACAGCAACAGAAACAAAGACUUCACUGAUAGGGUCAGUGUGGAGUGAAGAAUUGUACAAAUCCUGGUGAUGGAGAUAACUCCACUGCUAUAUAAAUACAAAGAUCACUGGAAAUUCAGCAAUUUAAAAACAACAGACUGCAAUCCUAAUUCCACUUACCUGGAGUAAGCCCUAUUGAAAUCAGUAGAACUCAUUCAAUAGAACAUGGUUAGGAUUUUGCUGUUAGAUGGCAAAGACAGUGGACACUGCAAGGCUGCGGUCCCAUCUAGCCCCAAACAUGACCCCUGAUCCCAGAAUACCCCCAUCUGCAUUUCAGUUUCUUCACAGGAAAGGGGUUAUUUAACACCCUUCCCUGCAGAGAGAAUAGCAACGGAGAAUUUGUCAGAGUCCUCCUGUAAUACAUCUCAACUGCUUCAUAUUCUAUGUGAGCAAAACACUAUCAAACUCUAUCAAAGGGGAGGGUGUUUUCUGAGUGUCUUUUCUUUCAUUCUGCAAAUCAUUUCUCUGGUGGACUGCACUCUGUAGCCUUCCACCUAUAGGUGCCCAAACUUCAAUUAAAACCCUGGGGAAGACAUCAAGAGGCAACUCCUCCCAUGGGUGUUUUUUUUCAGUUCAGGAAGUGCAGGCAACUGGGAAGGGUACAGAGUGCUGGAGAAAUGUUUACUGGAAACACAUACACACACCACCAAUGGCCACCUUGCAAUAAAAGGGUAAGCUCAAAAACCUGCACCAAUAAAAAUUCUGAAGAAAUUCUAAAUAAAUUCUUAACUUCCAUGAAAAUGAGGUAGGGAAAGACAAAUUUUGAGAAAUUGGAGGACAGCAUGAGCAUCUCUUUAUACUAAAUGUAUGUCCUACCUUUCUGAGCAACAAGCCAACUCAAGGCAGCUGACAACUAAUUAAUGAUGGUUUUCCAUAUGUCCUUAUUUAAGGGGAACAGAUUUUCUUGUUCAUUGGUUGCCACAAAUAGAAGGUUGCUAACAUUCCUUUGAUUACUUUGCACUCUUUAAAGAUUCCAACUUUAAAUGUCACUUAAAUUAUAAAUCCAUUUGUGCGAACAAUUAUCCUACCUAGCUAGAUUGCCUUAUGAACAGUUGUGUAGCUAUGUUGUCUCACUAUGGUCAUUUGCUGUUCUGUGGAACUUGCUGUUCAGAAUAAUUAUUUUUCAAAAAGUUCUUUAUUAAGCAACAAAUAACAAUAAACUUUAUUCUCUCA